CAAGACAAGAUGGCGGAAACGUUCGCAUUUAACGCUGAUAUCCAGCAGUUGAUGAGCUUGAUCAUCAACACCUUUUACAGCAACAAGGAAAUCUUCCUUCGUGAGUUGAUCUCCAACGCGAGUGAUGCGCUCGAUAAGAUCCGAUAUGAGUCCAUCACGGACCCGGAGAAGAUCGAGGCUCAGCCGAACUUCUUCAUCAAGAUCAUCCCGGACAAGACCAACUCGACUUUGACGAUUGAGGAUAGCGGAAUCGGAAUGACCAAGAAUGAGCUUGUCAACAACUUGGGUAUUCAAUUUUUGGCUAUAUUGGUUUUCGAUUUAUUAGGAUCUGUUUAUGCGCUUGGAUUUAGAUGGAUUGACUUGCUUUUAUACUAGUUUGGUAUUGUACUGAGAAGAGCCGCAGAGGCUGCAGAAAGUCGCUUAUGUAGCCAAGAUGGGUUCAUGGGUCGUCUCUAGUAGAGUUUCUACAAGAAUUUAGAUAAUUUAGAUUGCAAAGAACUACAUGAUUUUCGUUCGCUCACAACUCGUCCUCGAAAUCGUUUCCCAACUUUUUCGUCCACAGGUACGAUCGCCAAGUCCGGAACUAAGGCCUUUAUGGAGGCCAUGUCUGCUGGAGGUGAUGUCUCCAUGAUUGGUCAGUUCGGUGUCGGUUUCUACUCCGCCUACCUGAUCGCUGAUAAGGUCCAGGUUGUCUCGAAGAACAACGACGAUGAGCAGUACAUCUGGGAGUCCGCCGCCGGUGGUUCCUUCACCGUCACCAAGGACACCGACCAGGUUUACGGUGAGGUCAAGCGUGGUACCAAGAUUGUCUGCCACUUGAAGGAAGACAUGACCGAGUUUUUGGAGGAACGCCGCCUGAAGGACUUGGUCAAGAAGCACUCCGAAUUCAUCGGAUUCCCGAUCGAAUUGUACAUCGAGAAGAGCGAGGAAGUUGAGGUAUUUGUUAAGGCUAUGCUGGAUUGCUAUGCGGAUUUCACUAGUCGGUGGGACUAAUAAGAAGAAGUUGAGGUAGUGUUUUUUUGAGUUGGCAGUUUCAGACUGCAGGAAUCUUAGGCUUCGUGAAAAUUGACUUCGAAUAUGAAAAUCAAAGGCUUCUAAAUCUCGUUGAAUUUCUCCAUUUGCAGUUCCAAUCUCCUGUGCUAUACUGAAAGACUUCAACCGCUUUGUUUGAAUCUUGUGGACCAAAGAAGACGGUAAGUAGUGAUAACUAUAACUCGACAUCAGGUCACCGACUCCGAGGACGAAGAGGAGAAGAAGGAAGAGGAGAAGGAGGGCGACGAGCCCAAGGUGGAGGAAGCCGAUGAGGACAAGGAGAAGGAGGAGAAGGAGAAGAAGACCAAGAAGGUCUCCCAGAUCUCGCACGAGUGGGAGCAACUCAACAAGAACAAGCCGCUCUGGAUGCGCAAGCCGGAUGACGUCACUAACGAGGACUACGCUGCCUUCUACAAGGGUUUGUCCAACGACUGGGAAGACCACUUGGCGGUAAUCACAUUUUUAAGGAUUUUUUUCAAAAGAUGGAUUGAUUGUUAGCAGUGUCGAAAAAUCUGAAGGCGUCAUGUGUGCUAGUGAGAAUUAUGACCGUUUAUCGUUGCAGUAGUAAUAAGUAUCCGCGGGUGAGAAAACCUUUCUGAAAUAUACAUAUCCCGAUAAAACGCCCAGGUCAAGCACUUCUCCGUUGAGGGUCAGCUCGAAUUCAAGGCACUCUUGUUCGUGCCCCGUCGCGCUCCGUUCGACAUGUUCGAGACCAAGAAGAAGCGCAACAACAUCAAGUACUAAUCUUUUUCUUUAGAUUGUUCGUACGUGGCAUAUUGCAUUACUCUUCAAUUUUGCGACCAAAAUUUCCUUCUCCUUCGUGAUAGCUGACACGUGUCAAUCCGAUUUUCCUCCGAUUGCUCACUACUUUUCGUACUGUGAUCUCCUUCACCGCAACAAAGGAAAUCAGGUUGUACACGUCCUCCGUCGUGUCUCUCCAUCAUGGACGCUUUCAUCUUUUCCCUGAUUCAAUAAACCAGGUUGUACGUCCGCCGCGUCUUUAUCAUGGACGAUUGCGAAGAUAUCAUUCCGGAGUGGCUCAGCUUCAUCAAGGGCGUCGUCGACUCCGAGGAUUUGCCGCUGAACAUCUCUCGUGAGACCCUUCAGCAGAACAAGAUCCUCCGUGUCAUCAAGAAGAACUUGGUCAAGAAGUGCCUCGAGAUGUUCGCAGAGAUCGCCGAGAACUCUGAGGACUACAAGAAGUUCUACGAGCAAUUCUCCAAGAACCUGAAGCUCGGUAUCCACGAGGACGGCACGAACCGCAACAAGAUCGCGGAGUUGAUGCGGUACCAGACCUCCAAGUCCGGCGACGACAACGUCAGCCUCAAGGAGUACGUUGACCGCAUGAAAGAGGGCCAGGAAGACAUCUACUACAUCACG